CUCCUUGGCGGGUUCUCAGGCCCACAAAGCCGCAGCUGAAUGAAUGUUGCGGUGCGGGACGCGUGGCCGACAGCUCCAACAGCAUGCAGGGCCAAGGGGCAAAUGACGACGUGGUCCGCAUGCGGCGGCGCAUCCAGGAGUUAGAGCUAGAGAACGAGAAGCUUAUUGACAAGGUGGUUGCAGCCAGGGAGGCCAAAGGUCCAGGAGCAUUGGCGAAUGUCUUCAAGCGUGGAGGAAGUUCAGCACCAGCCACGGAGGCAGCGCUGGAGAAUGAGAUGCUGCGGACCCAGCUUGCAUCGCUUCGCCAGGCCUAUGAGGAGCUUUGCCGUGAGCGUGAUUCCUUUGGGAAGCCAAGCCAGGAAGACGCGAUGGAGGCUGAUAUGAUGCGCACGCAACUGGAGAGCUUGCGCCAGGCCUACACCGACCUUCAAAAAGAACGAGCGGAGAACAAACAUCAAGUUGGUCAAGAAGGCGAUGCGAGACUAAGCGAGCUGGAGAGCAUGCUCCAAGAUGCUCACAGCAAGCUCGGCGAAAGCGAAGCAGCCAAAGCAGAAGCUGUCGUGGACGCCCAGCGUUUGCAAGCAGAUUUGCAGGAUGUGAGGUCCGCUCUGCAGAGGGCAGAGCAGGAGGAAGCAGACUUGCAGGAGGCUCGGGCCAGCCUGCAGGCAACAGUUUCAGAACUGAAGGAUCAGACCGCAUCACUGCAAGAAGGUGCGGCAGAAGAAGCAAGCGCUGCCAGCAGCAAACUAAGCGGAUUGGAGGAGAAGAUUCACUUCAUGGAGCAGGAGCAGGAGAGAGCCGGCAGCCAGUGCCAGGACGGCGAUGCAAGACUAAGCGAGCUGGAGAGCAUGCUCCAAGAUGCUCGCAGCAAGCUCGGCGAAAGCGAAGCAGCCAAAGCAGAAGCUGUCGUGGACGCCCAGCGUUUGCAAGCAGAUUUGCAGGAUGUGAGGUCCGCUCUGCAGAGGGCAGAGCAGGAGGAAGCAGACUUGCAGGAGGCUCGGGCCAGCCUGCAGGCAACAGUUUCAGAACUGAAGGAUCAGACUGCAUCACUGCAAGAAGGUGCGGCAGAAGCAGCAAGCGCUGCCAGCAGCAAACUAAGCGGAUUGGAGGAGAAGAUUCACUUCAUGGAGCAGGAGCAGGAGAGAGCCGGCAGCCAGUGCCAGGACGGCGAUGCAAGAUCAAGCGAGCUGGAGAGCAUGCUCCAAGAUGCUCGCAGCAAGCUCGGCAAAAGCGAAGCAGCCAAAGCAGAAGCUGUCGUGGACGCCCAGCGUUGGCAGGCAGAUUUGCAGGCUGUGAGGUCCGCUCUGCAGAGGGCAGAGCAGGAGGAAGCAGACUUGCAGGAGGCUCGGGCCAGCCUGCAGGCAACAGUUUCAGAACUGAAGGAUCAGACUGCAUCACUGCAAGAAGGUGCGGCAGAAGAAGCAAGCGCUGCCAGCAGCAAACUAAGCGGAUUGGAGGAGAAGAUUCACUUCAUGGAGCAGGAGCAGGAGAGAGCCGGCAGCCAGUGCCAGGACGGCGAUGCAAGACUAAGCGAGCUGGAGAGCAUGCUCCAAGAUGCUCGCAGCAAGCUCGGCGAAAGCGAAGCAGCCAAAGCAGAAGCUGUCGUGGACGCCCAGCGUUUGCAAGCAGAUUUUCAGGAUGUGAGGUCCGCUCUGCAGAGGGCAGAGCAGGAGGAAGCAGACUUGCAGGAGGCUCGGGCCAGCCUGCAGGCAACAGUUUCAGAACUGAAGGAUCAGACUGCAUCACUGCAAGAAGGUGCGGCAGAAGAAGCAAGCGCUGCCAGCAGCAAACUGAGCGGAUUGGAGGAGAAGAUUCACCUCAUGGAGCAGGAGCAGGAGAGAGCCGGCAGCCAGUGCCAGGACGGCGAUGCAAGACUAAGCGAGCUGGAGAGCAUGCUUCAAGAUGCUCGCAGCAAGCUCGGCGAAAGCGAAGCAGCCAAAGCAGAAGCUGUCGUGGACGCCCAGCGUUUGCAAGCAGAUUUGCAGGAUGUGAGGUCCGCUCUGCAGAGGGCAGAGCAGGAAGAAGCAGACUUGCAGGAGGCUCGGGCCAGCCUGCAGGCAACAGUUUCAGAACUGAAGGAUCAUACCGCAUCACUGCAAGAAGGUGCGGGAGAAGCAGCAAGCGCUGCCAGCAGCAAACUAAGCGGAUUGGAGGAGAAGAUUCACCUCAUGGAGCAGGAACAAGAGAGAGCCAGCAGCCAGUGCCAGGACGGCGAUGCAAGACUAAGCGAGCUGGAGAGCAUGCUCCAAGAUGCUCGCAGCAAGCUCGGCGAAAGCGAAGCAGCCAAAGCAGAAGCUGUCGUGGACGCCCAGCGUUUGCAAGCAGAUUUGCAGGAUGUGAGGUCCGCUCUGCAGAGGGCAGAGCAGGAGGAAGCAGACUUGCAGGAGGCUCGGGCCAGCCUGCAGGCAACAGUUUCAGAACUGAAGGAUCAGACCGCAUCACUGCAAGAACGUGCGGCAGAAGAAGCAAGCGCUGCCAGCAGCAAACUGAGCGGAUUGGAGGAGAAGAUUCACCUCAUGGAGCAGGAGCAGGAGAGAGCCAGCAGCCAGUGCCAGGACGGCGAUGCAAGACUAAGCGAGCUGGAGAGCAUGCUCCAAGAUGCUCGCAGCAAGCUCGGCGAAAGCGAAGCAGCCAAAGCAGAAGCUGUCGUGGACGCCCAGCGUUGGCAGGCAGAUUUGCAGGAUGUGAGGUCGGCUCUGCAGAGGGCAGAGCAGGAGGAAGCAGACUUGCAGGAGGCUCGGGACAGCCUGCAGGCAACAGUUUCAGAACUGAAGGAUCAGACCGCAUCACUGCAAGAAGGUGCGGCAGAAGAAGCAAGCGCUGCCAGCAGCAAACUGAGCGGAUUGGAGGAGAAGAUUCACCUCAUGGAGCAGGAGCAGGAGAGAGCCAGCAGCCAGUGCCAGGACGGCGAUGCAAGACUAAGCGAGCUGGAGAGCAUGCUCCAAGAUGCUCGCAGCAAGCUCGGCGAAAGCGAAGCAGCCAAAGCAGAAGCUGUCGUGGACGCCCAGCGUUGGCAGGCAGAUUUGCAUUAUGUGAGGUCGGCUCUGCAGAGGACAGAGCAGGAGGAAGCAGACUUGCAGGAGGCUCGGGCCAGCCUGCAGGCAACAGUUUCAGAACUGAAGGAUCAGACCGCAUCACUGCAAGAAGGUGCGGCGGAAGCAGCAAGCGCUGCCAGCAGCAAGAUGACAUCUUUGCAAGACAGGUUGGAUCGAAUGACUACUGAGGAAAGCAUGAUGGUUGAAGAAGCACAUUCUGAGGCUCGCGAGGCUCAGACCCGUGCUGAGGUGCAGAGUGCCAAGGUGCAGUCCAUGGAGCAACGUAUUCAAGAGCUAUUUGGUCAGCUUGGCAAGUCGCAGCAGGCAGCACUGAUCACGGAAGAGCACCUGGCAUAUGUUCGUGAAGAGUUGCAACGUGUUGAGAGCGGUCAGGCACAAGCAGCAAGCUCUGAAACAGAAACGCGGCUUCGGAAGGCGGCUGAGGAUUUUCAGAACGAGCAUGACGAGAAUGAGAAGUUGCGCAAGGAACUGGAUGAAGCUCAGAAUGAGCUUGAAAAGCUGAAUGGUCAGCGUGCUGCCUUGCAGAGGCGCCUGCGGGAGAAAGCCAGGCUUGAGGAUCCCAUGGGCUUGUCGGCGCAUGGCCGCUGGUCAAGCACUAGUGAUGGUGCGGGCGGAAUGCUGUAUAUGCAGAAGAUCGAAGAGUUGGAGGCGGAGAAUGCGCGCUUGGAAGACAAGGUCCGAGUCGGGGCGGCGCUGUACAUCCCCAAAAUCCAGGAGCUUGAAGGAGACCUGGCGGCUGCCCAGGAUGAGCUUGAUCAAGCUUUGGAGGGCCAGCGGGCCUUGCAACAGGACCUGUGGGACAAGUCCAGUGUGAUUCGCGAGCUGCUCCGCCGCACAGGACUCACCAGCCGCGUCACAGGGCUCACCAAUCGCGUGCUGGGCGCAAUGCGUGGUGGCGGCGAUGCAUCUGCCUUGAGCCACGCGGAGACGGAGCGUGCCCUGGAGCGAGCGCUCGCCGAGCUGGCAGAGCUUCGCCAACGUCUGGGUGCGACAUAGACUGAGGCCCUCAUGGGCCCUUAAGCUGAGGGCCUGAUAAACGCAUGCGAAAGCCCAAGCGCGCUCGAACGACUUCGUGGACAAUUGCUGCGCUGGCCGAGGGCUUGCAGGAUUUUCACGCGUGAGGGACGUGGCUUUAGGCACAGGAGUAAAACGGUGCGCUUGCACCGUGAAGGGGCAGGGACUU